AUGGAUCCUCCAAAUCUCCUCUUCUUGCUUCUUCUCACCUUUGCUUCCACCAUUAACGCCCAACUCCUGGCGAACUACUAUGGUUCGACCGGCAACUUUACGGCCGACAGCGCCUACCAAACCACCCUCACCAACCUCCUCACCUCCAUCUCCACCAACUCCUCGUUGCUCAACUACGGCUUCUUCAAUGCCUCCUUCGCCAUCUCCGGCACCUCCCAAACCCUCUACGUCAUCGGCUCCUGCCGUGGUGACCUCGCUGCCGAGAGCUGCCGCACCUGCCUCAACACCUCGGCCUCCGACAUACGCCGCCUCUACCCCCUCCAGAAGGAGGCGGUCCUCUACAGCGAGUUCGGCAACGUCAGAUACUCUGACGCCUCGAUCUUCGGCAUAGUUAAGACUGAACCCAGUUACACUUUGUCCAACACGGGCAAUGUCGCAAGCCAGGUCAUGUACAAGCUGGGGAGAGAGAUGGAAGGUCUGCAGCACGAGGCAGCCGGCAGUGGCUCACUGAGGAAGUAUGCUACGAAGGCCAUGUCCGACGGGUCUGACACGGUUUACGCAAUGGCGCAGUGCACGCCAGACUUGACGGAGGAGCAAUGCAUCGAGUACCAAAAGAUAAUUGUCGGGACCUUCGAGAAAUGUUGUGUCGGGAGGAAAGGAUUGAGGACCCUGGCGCCGAGUUGCCAGUUCCAUUUCGAGACCUAUUCGUUCUUUAGCCCAGUUGCCGAGCCACUUCCACCUCCGCCACCGCCUCCGCCUCCGCCUCUGCCACCGCCGCCGCCUUUAGGAAAAAGCAACAAAUCUACCAUGAUAACCAUCGCCAUUACCGUUCCUAUUGGAGGUGUUAUGGUCCUUGUUGUUUCUAUUUGUUGUUUGCUUCGAAGAAAGAGAAAGAAGACACAUGAAGUCGUCAAAGGAAAAGACGGUGCAAAUGAACUUACCACUGUGGAGUCCUUGCAAUUUGACUUCGCUACAAUGCAAGCAGCGACAAAUGAUUUCUCUCCUGAAAACAAGUUGGGUGAAGGUGGAUUUGGUGAAGUUUUCCAAGGUAGAAUUCCGGAUGGACAGCAAAUUGCCGUGAAGAGGCUAUCUCGAAGCUCUAGACAAGGUGAUGAAGAAUUCAAAAAUGAAGUUCUAUUAGUUGCAAAGCUUCAACAUAGAAACCUUGUACGACUGCUCGAAUUUUUCUUAGAGGGAGAGAAAAGCUACUAG